UAGAAGGGUCUCCUACAUUCCAUCCGCUCUUUAGUUCACGAUGGCAUUCACUGGGAAAUAUCAGCUUGAAUCUCAGGAGAAUUUUGAGCCUUUCAUGAAGGCAAUUGGUUUGCCAGAUGAUCUCAUCCAGAAGGGCAAGGACAUCAAGAGCGUGUCGGAGAUUGAGCAGAAUGGAGACCACUUCAAAGUGACCGUGACCACAGGCACCAAGGUCAUGGUCAACUCGUUCACGGUCGGCCAGGAGGCUGAGCUGGAGACAUUGACUGGAGAGAAGAUAAAGUCUACGGUGAAUCUGGUUGGGAACAAGCUAAUGGUCUCAUUGAAGGGCAUUGAGUCUGUCACUGAAUUCAAUGGGGACACCAUUAUCGCUACGAUGACGCUGGGCCCCAUCGUCUACAAGAGGAUAAGCAAGCGCAUCUAGGGAUCUCAACCCUCUUUGAAUAAAUGAAGGAAGUGUA